AUGAAGAUUGUUAAGAUUUGUGGUUUGAAAACUGUUGAUGCAGCGAAAGUUGCGAUCGAUAAUGGUGCCAACUUGUUGGGUUGUAUUUUAGUUCCUAAUCGUGCUAGAACUAUUGAUCAUGAAGUGGCAAAAGAGAUCUCAAAAUUGGUCAAAAGAGAAAGAAAGCCAUUCAAACCUACUGGCAAUACCCCCACAGAACAUUUUGAACAAGUAUCACAGUGGAUUAUUGAAAAUGGUCCAUUUUUAGUGGGCGUAUUCAGAAACCAACCAAGAGAAGAAGUUUUUCGUAUUGCACGAGAGUUGGAUUUGGAUUUCAUCCAACUACAUGGUCUGGAAGACAAGGUACUGUUUAUCAACGAUGAGUUUGGAGUCAUCCCACGAUACGUUGUUCCUGAUGAGAUUGAUCUUUUACAAGAACAAAGCAAUGCAUUAAUGCAAUGUGUGAGUUUACCAUUACUUGAUUCCGAAGCAGGGGGUGAAGGUAAAUUAAUCGACUGGUCAUACAUUGAAUCACUUCCUACAAAAGCUAUUCUCGCGGGCGGGUUGACACCAGAUAAUAUUCCCGUGUUUGACAAUAUCCUUGGGUAUGAUGUCAGUGGAGGGGUUGAAACAAACGGUAUUAAAGAUUCAACUAAAAUUAUAAACUUUAUAAAUAGAGGUCAUAAUCAAUCAUCUUGA